UCUCUGCUAUAAUCUCUGGUAAUAAUCGUCGGGUCCUAAACAACCCUUAUCUAAUUGAUAGUAUGAUUGAUCUUGCUUUUGUGAUAUUAAUCAUUGCUCUCCAUAAAACUGCAUAAAAUACCAGUUAUAGUACCGAGCGGAGACUCAAAAUGGUUGACAAACUCGUAAAAACUUCGACGGAAAUUAUCCAGAAUGACAAAGUGAACGAAAUUCGCGAAUGCAUUUUGUAUUCCAACAACGAGAACCAAUAUUUAGACGUUGUUGAAAAUAUUCCAUGUCCGGAGUUUCAAUUCUCGACAUUGGCAUGUUAUAUUUGCAAUGGAUACUAUGGACCAUGUUUCGAGGAGCCAGUUUGUGCCACUUGUCAUGCAUUUUUAUUCCCAGAUUGCAUUGGAGUUGCUGGUGUACCUAUAUUUAGUGAGAAAACAGAUGACGAAGAUUCUGGAAACGACGAACCCACAGACCUCUUCUACAACGCGGAACAUCGCUUAAGUCAGUCCCACAGACUUCGUUCUCCGCAGCUAUUCUCACCCCCUCCCAACAAUGACCCUCACCCUCAACCCCAGGGUCACCCUCCAGAACCUCCCCAACGUCCAGACCUACCUCACAAUUCCCACAACCAUCCCGAACCCCGAGAAGACCAGAAUAAUCGACCUUUUCAGUGGAACUGUCGGGGCUACUGCAACCUCGUGCCCAUGAAUCCAGGAGAAUCGCCGAGACCCAGAAAUCUUGUUGAAAGAGUGGAUAUGUUGGCGAACCAUCGACAUAUAGAGCAUGAGCCCAUUAACGAGCCAGGGAAUCUCGACCUUCGCAAUAAUAAAAAAUACAGCACUAUCAGACGUUCAGGUAUUUGUGAGGAUCACUUUGAUACUUCAAGUUUUGCAGAGAAGAAAGGACUCAAACGAGGUGUCGUGCCACUUCAGAAUUAUCCAUCAGAUCUCUCAGAUGACAAUAAAGAAAAUAAUGGAUCAAAUUCUAAUGAAGCUGUAGAAAUCGUUCAUGAACACGUACACACUGACGAGGAAGUAGCAAUGUCUGACUCUAACAAUCAACCAGCAUCAUCAAGCCUAAGGUUGUUAAGUCAAACCCGGUUGAGACUGACCAAUUGCUACCUGUACUACUGA